AUGGAUUAGCAAGCGAUGAGUAAUGCCCUUGGGAAUUUAAGUAUCAAAUUGAUUUUCUAUAAAUAAAAGAGCGGCAGAAUGAGAUUCGUUAGCAACAGAAACAACAAGCUAGUAUUCCCGAUCAUUAAGAUGAAAGCAAUGUUUAUAAUGAUGAUUUUGAUGGUGAUGAUGCCAUUCUCAAUGUUAUAAAAAGUAAGUAUAAAAGGGUAACUUUUGAUUAGCUGCUCAGGAUCAAAAGCCUAAACCAUAACCGCAAUCAGCUUAGCCAAAGCGACCUGAAUCUUCAAAUAAAAGAACUGCUUCAAUGCCGAAGAAGAAGCCUUAUUAAUUCAAUAAGUUGAAUGAUGGAGAGAAAGAGAAGCUAUUCUUAGAUGUUUAUGAUGAAAAUAUUAAGCUAAAAGAAAAUUAGGCAAAAUUUGAAAAAAUGUAUGGGACUAUGGAAGUUAAAUUAUAGUAAAUGUAAAAGUUCAUGGGGAAUAAAACCGUUGGUGCUGGAGAAUCCAAUGAAUAAAACAAUUAAUUGGCAUCAAAAGUCAACAAUUUGGAGACUGAAAAUGAAAAGUUAAAAUAAAAGAUAUAAGCUAUUUCCUAGGCAUAAAGAGUUGUUGUGGCUCAUUAGCCUAUGAAAAAAAAGAAAUUAGUACAAGCAGAUAGACCAGAAAUGGAAUAGACUGGAAUCAGAGGGGGUUAAUUUGUAGAUCAAUAAAAUCAAAUCAAAUAAUUGUUAGAUUUAAAUGAUAAAUUAAAGAAAAGAUUACUUGAAUAGGAAGCUUAAUUCAGAUAAUUGUAGGCAAUGAUGAACUCUAAGAUUGUUAAUCAAUAGGAGUUAAGUUAGAAAAAUGCUUAAUUUGUAACACUACAAGAGAGAUGCAAUAAAUUAGAAUCUAAUUUAAGUGGUAUGAGAUCAUAAUUGGAUGAUGAACGUAAAAGACAGAGUGAAAUCAUGAUGCUCUUACGAGAAGAAAAAGAGAAGAAUCAUUUAUUGGAAGGUUAAGUUAGAUCAAUGGAGUUGGCAUAAAAGAGUGUAGUUGAUUUACAAGCAGAUUUACAAGAAGCAAGAAGAUAAAAGAAGGAGAUAGAGGAGAGAUUAGCAAUUCUAAUGGAGUCACCAUUUUUUAAGGAAUACAAUGAAAGAGCUACUAUACAAGCCAAAAUGAAAGCAAUGGAAUAAGAAUAAAUAAGGAAUGCUACAGAUUUAAAAAAUUUGAGAGAAACUAAUGCAAAAUUAGAAACAGAAAAUAGAUUGAAAAGAGAGGAUAUUGAGAAUCUUAAAAAGGAGUUUAAGAUAUUAUAAGAAAGAAAUUAAGAAUUGAAUAUAAAGUUGGCUGAAAAGGAUUAGCAAUUACUUCCAUUUAAAGAUUUAAAUUACUGGGAUAAUGAUUAAUUUUUAAAAGUAUUAGGUAAUUUGAAAUGGACUGGAGAAGAUCCUGCUUGGAGAAAGAUUGAAUUUAUAGAUCGUACUUAUUUAGAUUCAGAUGAUCCUGUGUAUUUGAGAAAAGAGAUUGAACACUUGAAACUUGAGAAGGGAGAGUUGGCUGCACAUUUAGAAAAAACAUAAACAUUACUCAAGAAUCAAUAGGAUAUAUAGAUGGAGAAAGACAAAAUGCAUUAAACUUAAAUAGAAUAAUUAAAAUUGGAAUUAAAGGUUGCCAAUGAGAAAGCAUAUGAAUAUGCCAAGAUAGCUGAUCUCAAAACUCAGGCCAGGUAACAAUAGACUUUGUAUGAAGCAGAGGGAAUCAAAUAUGAUGAUUCAAUAUCAGUGUUUUCAGUUGACAAAGAUGAAAUGCUGUCUCCAGGAGAGAAUUUCUUUGAUUUAUGGGUUGGUAAAGGAGAGUAUCAACCAGCUGAAUUAGUGUCUUCAUAUAAGACUUCUACACAAUUAAAUUUGGAUCUUGGAAGUCUAUUGACAUUUGUAACGAUUGAUUUCUAUGAUCAUGAAACACAACAUACAAGUGUAUCAGAAGGAACAUCAUGCUUUUAUAAUUUAUAGAUAAGCUUUAAAGUUGAUGCAGAUGCUAAUUUCAUUUAAUACCUUGAAAGCAAUUAUUUGAAACUAGAACUCUAUGUUAGUUAAGGUAGUGAACCUACAAAGAUUGGAUCAGGGUUGAUUUAAUUGAAGGACUUAGUUUAUGAGAAUAAGAAUGAUACUAUAAGUAAAGUUAUUAGUGGAUCUCUGACUUUUCAUGGAAUCAACAAUUAGAUGAUAGGCAUAGUGGAAUAUAAAGCAAGAAUGAGAUACCCAAUUUCAAAUUUCAUUCGUUUGUUAAAGGAAAGAAACUAAUUACAGAUGUAAGAUUUGGAUGAAGCUGAAGAGAUAGUUGCAGUUAGAAAAAGAAAGCUUGUUAUAUGCAUUGAAAAAGGAACGUCUCUUCCUCCAAAAUCUAAUUGUUUCAUCUACUAUAAUUUUGAUACCAAAGAUUUUCAUACUAAUACUUAGAUGGGAUCUAAUCCAAAAUGGGAUUAUAGAAUGGUUCAUGAUAUUGUUUACAAUGAAUUGGUUGUCAAUCAAUUCAAUAGAAUGCCCUUAGAAUUAUACAUCAUUGAUGAUAAUCAACCUUUGGUGGAAGGAUCAAAUGACAAGGUGGGAUUCUGUUUGAUUGAUUUGGCUCCUUUAGUCAAGAAUCAAAUGAUUGACUUAGCAGCAGAGGUUAAGAAUGAUGAUGGAGACAAAGUAGCAUCCGUUUACGUUAAAAUCUUUUGGUAUGACAUCAAAGAUGAGGACACCUUAAAUUAGUAGAGAUCCAUGAUUGCAGAAUCUUGGGAGGAAAAUAUCACCCAUAAAAUAAGUUCAGAAAUGAGAUCCAGAGGGUUAUUGGGUAUUACUGCCUUCAGAGUAUUCGACAGGGAUCAAGAUUAAAUUAUCACGUAUGAAGAUUUUGCCAAUGGUUUAAAGAAUGUUCUAAAUAUCAAAAUGAAUCCUCAGGAAAUGCAAGUUUAUUAUUCUAAAUUACCUUAACCUUUGAAUCAAUAGAAAUUCUAGGAAUUUUUCCGUUUGCAAUCUAAUGAAAGCAUAAUGUACGAGGCUGGAUUUAAAUCACAAUAUCAAACCCAAGAAUUGUCAUCAAUAAAUCAACUAAUGUAAUAAAACACUAUGCAAUUGCAAAGAACCUAAUUGGACUAGAUUCAUAAUAAUAUUUAUGAUUUAUUAAAACGAAAAAUGUCUUAUGGUAAAUCAGUGUAAGAGUUAUUUAUGGAGAUAGACUCUGUGAAACCCGAUGGACAAUUGACUAUUGAUGAAUUACAAAAGUAUCUCUAAUAAAAUAGUUUGCUGAUACCAAUUGCUCAAUUAAGGGAGUUUCUCAAAUUUUAUAUGGAUAUUAACAAUGAUCAAUUGAUCAAUUUCAGAGAAUUUACCAACUACUUUAAGUUGAUUCCCACUUCUUAAUAGUAAUAAAUGUAUUCACAAUCUUCAUUUCAGUAAAUCAAUAACUAAAGAAUGUAAUCUAACUUCCCAAGCAUGUAAGAAGCUUAAUUAUAACAAUCCCCAAUUGAUAUAGCUAUCACUGCAAUUCUUAAUUAUGGGUAGGCAAGACAAUGGACUUUAAUGUAGGUUAGAGAAUUCAUGGAUGAGAACAGGAAUAGUUUUAUAGAAGCAGGUGAAAUGAAGAAGUUCCUAAUAUAAUUUGGAGUUCACAAAAAUUUACAAAAUGGUGAUGAUGAUAUUAGACAGAUUAUAGCAUUCUUUGAUGUCAAUCAUGACGGAAGAAUUUCAAUUUCUGAAUUUGCAGAUACAUUGAAUAUGUACAAUAACAGACUGUAGAUUAUCAAAGCAUAACCAACUCAAUAAAAUAUUCAAAAUUAUGUUGUUGGUUAUCUCAUUUCAUAUAUGAGGAAGUACAGAAAAACUGUCCCAGAAUUGUUUAAUGAUAUCGAUUUGGAUGGUAAUGGUUACUUAUCAAAAGUAGAACUCAAGAACAUAUUUAAAAAUAAAAUUGUAAUAAUAUUAAAUCUAUUUACUCUAUUAGUUGGUGCCUGUUGAUGAAUUUGAAUUAAAUGAGUUAUUCAUGGAAUUCGAUAAAAAUAGAGAUGGUCAUAUUAGUAUAUCGGAGUUUUUGCAAAUUGUAAAACCAGCUCUUGAGCAGGAUAAAAAUGAACAAUCAUAUAAUUAAUAAGGCAUAGAAAAAGAAAAGCUUGCUCGAAAAGCUGAAGAAGUUUGUUACAAAAAUGCUCGAGUCCUUCAAUUAGCCUUCUAAGCUAAAGCCCAAAAGCCUGGCUAUCUUACUGAGACAUAGUUCAAAUAAAUUCUUAGAGACUAGAAAGUCGGAUUCACUCCUAAUGAAAUUGACGAUUUGGCAGUAAUUGCUUUGAAUUUUAAACUUUUAGAUCUAUGUGGUUUUGCCUGAAAAUGGAAUGAUAAAUUAUAAUUAAUUCUUGGAUCUCGGUAAGCUAAGAGGAGCUCCUUAACAAUCUGACAUAUUUGGCUAAACCAGUAGAUCAGGGUUUGGUUCUUUAAGUCAAAUAGAAUAGGAGAGAGCCAUAGGCAAAGCCAAAGAAGUAUUUUAUAAAAAGAGAUUUUAGGUUUUCAAUAGAAUCUCAAGAGCUGUUAAAAAUAAAUAUACACCUCAACAACUAUUUGCGACCUUCGAUAAAGAUUCAAAUGGAAAAAUUAAUAAGGCAGAAUUGGCAGAAGUAUUCUCAAAGAUGAGAAUUAGAAACCUUGAUAAGGAUGAUGUUGAACUUAUAUUCAAAGCAUUAGACAGAGAUGAGGAUGGAUCUAUUGAUGUUAAGGAAUUCAUCAAAUACCUAGAAUGA